AUGGGUUCCAGAGGGUCAAACUGUGAACCAACAUUACUAUUUGACAGUUUUGGCAACAUUGUGCGAAUGAGUUCGUAAGAAACGGUCGAUAUUGUGGAAAAACAAGUCGCACCUGCCCAUAACGCGCUGUCUGUGAAGCGUUAUUUGGCCGCUUAAGGCACUCCAGUACUCGAACACGCGUCUUACUCGUACUCGAACACGCGUCUUACUCACUCGACUUGGCACCCUGCGACUUUUACUUGUUUCCGAAGAUAAAGUCUGCCUUUAAAGGAAUCCGGUUUGAGCCGAUGGAAGAGGUGAAACAAAAAUCGGCGGAACUUCUGAAUGGUCUCACGAAAACAGACUUCCAGCACUGCCUCGAGCAAUGGAAGAAACGAAUGAAACGGUGUGUGAAGAGGGAAGGAGAGUAUAUUGAAGGGGAACAUUCGGUUGUGGAAUAA